CCCUGACUACUCACCACGCCAGUUCCGCCCAACCUUCCGCUCAGCUUUCUUUGCCAUUGGCUGGCAAAGGAGUAUAUAAGGACGUCAUUUCCGGUCGGCUGUCCUUUCCGCGCUACCCGCCCAAGGGUCCAUACGGCGUUGUUCUGGGUUCCCGUCGUAACUUAAAGGGAAACUUUCACGAUGUCCGGCGCCCUUGAUGUCCUGCAGAUGAAGGAGGAGGAUGUCCUCAAGUUCCUUGCCGCAGGAACCCACUUAGGUGGCACCAACCUUGACUUCCAAAUGGAGCAGUACAUCUACAAGAGGAAAAGUGAUGGCAUCUACAUCAUAAACCUGAAGAGGACCUGGGAGAAGCUUCUGCUGGCAGCUCGUGCCAUUGUUGCCAUAGAAAACCCUGCUGACGUCAGUGUCAUAUCUUCCAGGAACACUGGACAGAGGGCUGUGCUGAAGUUCGCUGCUGCCACUGGAGCCACUCCUAUUGCUGGUCGCUUCACUCCUGGAACCUUCACUAACCAGAUCCAGGCAGCCUUCCGGGAGCCGCGUCUUCUGGUGGUGACUGAUCCCAGGGCCGACCACCAGCCUCUCACAGAGGCGUCUUACGUCAACCUACCUACCAUUGCCCUGUGCAACACGGAUUCUCCUCUGCGCUAUGUGGACAUUGCCAUCCCAUGCAACAACAAGGGAGCUCAUUCGGUGGGUCUGAUGUGGUGGAUGCUGGCCAGGGAAGUGCUGCGCAUGCGUGGCACCAUCUCCCGUGAACACCCGUGGGAGGUCAUGCCUGACCUGUACUUCUACAGAGAUCCUGAAGAGAUUGAAAAGGAGGAACAGGCUGCAGCUGAAAAGGCUGUGACCAAGGAGGAAUUUCAGGGUGAAUGGACUGCUCCCGCUCCUGAGUUUACUGCCACUCAGCCCGAGGUCGCAGACUGGUCUGAAGGCGUGCAGGUGCCCUCCGUGCCCAUCCAGCAGUUCCCUACUGAAGACUGGAGUGCUCAGCCUGCCACCGAAGACUGGUCUGCAGCCCCCACUGCUCAGGCCACUGAAUGGGUGGGAACAACCACUGAGUGGUCUUAAGUCUGCUCUUCACAGACUCUUACAAAAAGUGGAAAUAAGGUUGAUAAGGAAAAUAAACAACACUUUAUAAAAA